UUUGACCAUUCAGUUACGUCCACGCGUUGCAUUUGAAUUUCUUUCUGCCGUAUUCCAGUGGCGUGACUCUUCAAUUUUCUUGUAUUUCUCUUCUAGACUCUAAACUAUCAAAAAAUAUCGGAAUUUUUCAGAAAUAUCGCAAAAUUUUAUCAGUAUGCGGCUUAAACAGUUACUCGUGUACUCGGGACUUGUACUACUUCUUUGCACUUUGUCAUCAUGGGCUGCAGCUGACGAAGUGGAGGUCGAAGAUGAAGAAGAUUUGGACAGCGAUGGGGAAAGCGAACCAGAAGAUAAAGGCAAGGAGAAAAAGAAGGCACCUGAAAUUGAACCGUACAAACCGCCAGUUAUCAGUCUUGAAAAUGAAGACUCGGUAUUUUUUUCCGAACCUUUUGCAAUCCGUGGCGAAUUUCAGAACAGAUGGUUGAAAUCUCAAGCCAAGAAAGAUGGAGUUGAUGUUGAAAUUGCCAAAUAUGAUGGUGAAUGGUCAUUUGAGGAGCCUGCCACCAAGUUAUUCAGUGGGGAUCUGGGACUUGUUCUCAAGUCUAAGGCAAGACACCAUGCUAUUUCAGCCAUGCUGAGUAAGCCUUUUGAUUUCAAGGACAAGCCAUUUGUGGUCCAGUAUGAAGUAAAAUUUCAGCAGGCAAUGGAAUGUGGUGGUGCUUAUGUCAAACUUCUUUCUCAACAAGACUCUUUUGACCUGAAAACAUUCCAUGAUAAAAGUCCCUACACCAUUAUGUUUGGUCCUGAUAAAUGUGGUGAAGACAAGAAGCUACACUUCAUCUUUAGACAUAAGAAUCCAAAGACUGGCGAAUAUGAAGAAAAACAUGCAAAGAAACCUACUGGAAACUUCCAGAAUGUUUUUGAUGGCAAAAAGACACACUUAUUCACCUUGGUAGUGCAACCUGACAAUUCAUUUGAAGUAUUUGUGGACCAAACAAGCGUGAGUUCAGGAAACUUGUUGGAAGAUGUGACUCCGCCAGUCAACCCCCCUAAGGAGAUGGAUGAUCCACAUGACAAAAAACCAGAUGACUGGGAUGAGAGAGAAAAAAUUCCUGAUCCCGAUGCUGAGAAGCCCGAUGAUUGGGAUGAAGAUGCUCCUGCUAAAAUUUCUGAUCCUGAUGCAAAGAAACCUGAUGAUUGGCUGGAUGAUGAGCCAGAGUAUGUCCCUGAUCCAAACAGCGUCAAACCUGAUGACUGGGAUGAAGAGGAGGAUGGCGAAUGGGAAGCGCCACAGAUUGCAAACCCUAAAUGUGAAAAGAGUGGUUGUGGAGAGUGGAAGGCCCCUCUUAUAGAUAAUCCUGCAUACAAAGGCAAAUGGUCACCACCACUGGUUGAUAAUGCUGACUACAAAGGUAUUUGGAAGCCAAGAAAAAUUGAUAAUCCUGAUUACUUUGAAGAUAAGGAACCUUUUAAGAUGACUUCCAUUGCAGCUGUUGGUUUGGAACUCUGGUCCAUGACUCCAGAUAUACUUUUCGAUAACUUCAUUAUCACCAAUGACAAGUCUGUUGCCGAUAAGUGGGCCUCUGACAGCUGGGUGAAGAAAAAUGUUAAAGAAACAUAUGGAGGAGAUGAAGAGGGUGGAGUUGUGAGUAACUUACUGGAGGCAACUAAUGAGCGGCCAUGGCUUUGGGUGCUCUUUGUCAUGGUUGUAAUCUUGCCAUUUGUGCUUAUUGCAGCCUGCUGUUUCCCUGGAAGUAAGGGUGAUGCUGCUGCUAAGAAGAAGAAGACGGAUGAACCAACUGAAGAUGUUCCAGCUGAUGAAAACGAGGCAGAGACGAAAGAAGAAGAAGAAGAAGAAGAGGAAACAGCAGCAGGUGAUGAGGAGGCUGAAGAGAAAAAUGAAGAAGAAGAAAAGACGGCAGAGGGCAACGAGGAAGAAGAGACAGCUGGCAAGGAUGAAGUUGAUGAAGAGGAAACUGUAAGGAGGACAAGACAAAGAACAAGGAAGGAUAACUAGUAUUUGUCACAGUUCCCCUCUGCUCUCUACAGGACUUCUGACAUCUCCACUGACAAUGCUACAAGGAUUAUUGUUUGACAAGACUGUAUUUGAUUGCCUUCUUUCUUUUUAGUGUGAAGGGCUUGUCUUACUGCGUGGACCAAAAGGAGCAUGACACCUUUGGGAGCCAAUCAUUUUGGAAUUUUGAAAGGCUGUGCAGAACAAAUGCCAGUCUUUCAUAUGGCAGCUACUGCAGCUAAAAAUUUUGUUGAGACUGCUAGGAUCGUCAAAAAGCUAUGCAAUUGAGUCAGAUGUGUUUAACAUGGAAGUACUAGGUGUAUCAUGUUUAUGUCACCUGCACUGGAGAAAAUGUUCCCUUGUAUUUGGUGUUGUUUAAAGUGAUCUCAGAUCAUCACCAGAUGUGAUUGUAGAGUAGUCAAAAGGGUCUCUUCUAGUUGUAGGUUGAAGAUGCGUAAACUAUGUGUGAUUUUGCCAUUUUUUUUUUUUUGCUGCCAUUUUGUUUGUUUGUUUGUAACAUUAUCCUUUGUUGUGGUUAAGACUGUUCGGUUGGCUCAUAAGCUAGCUCCCCUGCCUCCAUUCAGCAAGAGAGUUAGUUUACAGACUGAUGUUUUGAAUCUAUUAGUAAAGAAAUAGAAGUUAUAAGUAAAAACCAGUCUUCCUAGACUUAAAAGGGCUAAUAAGCAUUAAAACAAACACAAGGGUCCAAGAGUAGUUUUUGUAUCCAAGCUGGUGGCUUAACCUUCAAACUUGAUUCUGUUAACUAAUUUACAGACGGACAGUUUUAUUUAAUGUAAUUGAUAGAACUGUUUGGAAAAUGCAGAAGAGUGUUCUUCACAUUAUUUUUUUUCUAUAUAUAUUUAUGGGAUGAAUCAUUGUAGCAUAUUCCCUAUAAUGCAGGGUUAGACAAGCUCACAAGCUUUGGGCUACUUUGGUUAACUAACCACAGUUUAGCGUAAAAUACAAUUGAUGUGACAUGUUUAAUUUAUGGCAUUUUUCAUACACUAGGUAUGUUUUUAUUUUUUGUUUGUUUUUCAGUUAGACCAUCCACAUUUUUAGUCAUCUUUUACAUUUAAUCUAUUUGUGUUAACUCUUUAAGAAUUUGCUGCAACAGAAUGUUGUCAUUUUAAUCAAAACUUUUUGAUUGUCUCA